UUUAUUGUUGUAGAUUUUCUGUAAAAUGGCAGAGGGCGGUCUCUCAGUGGAUCAGUUCAGCUGUCCAGUUUGUCUGGAGCUACUGAAAGAUCCAGUGGCUAUUCAGUGUGGACACAGUUUCUGUAAGGUGUGCAUUAAUGGCUGCUGGGAUCAGGAGGAUCUGAAGGGGGUUUAUAGCUGCCCUCAGUGCAGACGCCCCUUCGCUCAGAGGCCUGUUGUGGGUAAAAACACCAUGCUGGCUGAAGUGGUGGAGAAACUGAAGAUGAUGGAGCUCCACCCUGCUUCUCCUGCUGGACCUGGAGAUGUGGAGUGUGACGUCUGCACUGGGAGAAAACUCAAAGCCCUCAAAUCCUGCCUGGUGUGUCUGGCCUCUUACUGUGAAACUCACCUCCAGCCUCAUUAUCAGUCUCCUGCCUUUAAGAGGCACAAGCUGGUCAAAGCCUCCAGAUGCCUCCAGGAGCAGAUCUGCUCUGAGCAUGAGAGACUGCUGGAGGUUUACUGUCGCACUGACCAGCAGUGUAUCUGCAUGCUGUGCACCAUGGAUGACCACAGAGGGCAUGAUACAGUAUCAGCUGCAGCAGAACGAGCUGAGAAACAGAGGCAGAUGGUGGAGUCUCAGAAGAAAUACCAGCAGAAAACCCAGGAGAGAGAGAAGGAGCUUCAGGAGCUGAAGAAAACUGUGAAGUCUCACAAGAGCUCUGCUCAGGCAGCACUGGAGGACACUGAGAGGAUCUUUACUGAGCUGAUCUGCUGCAUUGAGAGAAAACGCUCUGAGAUAUCAGAGCUGAUCAGAGCUCAGGAGGAGGCUGCAGUCAGAGGAACUGAAGGAGUCCUGGAGAGACUGGAGCAGGAGAUUGCUGAGCUGAGGAGGAGAAAUACUGAGCUUGACCAGCUUUUACUCACUGUGGACCAUCUCCAUUUCCUCCAGAGUUUCCAGUCUCUCUCGGCUCCUCCUGGAUCUAUAGUGUUUCCCACCCUCACUGCCCAUCCUGUCCUGUCUUUUGAGGAGGUGGUAAUGUCUGUGUCUCAGCUGAGGGACAAAGUGGAAGAAUUAUGUAAAGAGGAGAUCAGAAAGACACCAAAUAGAGAUCUGCCCUUUAUAGGCCAGCAUGUUCCAAGCCCUGUCAUCUCUGUGCCCACCCUCUCCAUGCCCCUUCAUCCUCAGGAGCUGCCAUCUCCAGAACCCAUCCUUUCCAAACCCAACAGUUCUACUCAGGACAGCUCCAGGAUCUGUAUUACUUACAUGUCUGAUCCCUUGGACUCCCAAGGCCCCCAGCAAUCUGUCCUCAUGUACCUUCAUCCUCAGGAGCUGCCAUCUCCAGAACCCAUCCUCCCCAAACCCACCGACUCUAGGUCUGCCAGCAUUUGUUUACCUAACAUGUCUGAUCCCCUGGAGUGUCAAGAACCCCUGGAAGCAGUGCCAAUGCCCACCAUCUCCAUGCCGCUUCCUCCACUGGAGCUGUCAACUUCAGAAUCCAUCCUCUUCAAACCCUUCGACUCUAGGCCUGCCAGCUAUAGUAUCUGUUCACCUUACAUGUCUGAUUCCCUGGAGUCUCAAGAGCCCCUGGAAGCUGUGCCAAUGCCCACCAUCUCCAUGACCCUUCCUCCACUGGAGCUGCCAUCUCCAGAACCCAUCCUCUCCAAAACCACUGGCUCUAGGCCUGAGAGCCCCAGGAUCUGUUUACCUAACAUGUCUGAUCUCCUGGAGUCUCAAGAGCACCUGGAAGCUGUGCCAAUGCCCACCAUCUCCAUGCCGCUUCCUCCACUGGAGCUGCCAUCUCCAGAACCCAUCCUCUCCAAGCCUACCACCUCUAGGCCUGAGAGCCCCAGGAUCUUUUUACCUAACAUGUCUGAUCCCCUGGAGUGUCAAGAACCCCUGGAAACAGUGCCAAUGCUCACCAUCUCCAUGCCGCUUCCUCCACUGGAGCUGACAUCUCCAGAACCCAUCCUCUCCAAACCUACCAACUCUAGGCCUGAGAGCCCCAGGAUCUUUUUACCUAACAUGUCUGAUCCCCUGGAGCGUGAAGAACCCCUGGAAGCAGUGCCAAUGCCCACCAUCUCCAUGCCCCUUCCUCCACUGGAGCUGACAUCUCUAGAACCCAUCCUCUCCAAGCCUACCACCUCUAGGCCUGAGAGCCCCAGGAUCUUUUUACCUAACAUGUCUGAUCCCCUGGAGUGUCAGGAACCCCUGGAAGCAGUGCCAAUGCCCACCAUCUCCAUGCCCCUUCCUCCACUGGAGCUGACAUCUCCAGAACCCAUCCUCUCCAAACCUACCAACUCUAGGCCUGAGAGCCCCAGGAUCUGUUUACCUAACAUGUCUGAUCCCCUGGAGUGUCAGGAACCCCUGGAAGCAGUGCCAAUGCCCACCAUCUCCAUACCCCUUCCUCCACUGGAGCUGACAUCUCUAGAACCCAACCUCUCCAAACCCACCAGCUCUAGGCCUGAGGUCUCCUGGAUCUGUUUACCUAACAUGUCUGAUCCCCUGGAGCCUCAAGAACCCCUGGAAGCUGUGCCAAUGCCCACCAUCUCCAUGCCGCCACUGGAGCUGACAUCUCUAGAACCCAAUCUCUCCAAAACCACCGGCUCUAGGCUUGAGGGCUCCAGCAUUUAGUCCAAAAGACAUUCUCAUCAUGCAGUCAUGCUUGUCUUUGUGAGACUACUUAUAGUGUAUGACACUUUUGAAAAAUUAUUAUAAUUUUUUUUUGGGAAAGUCACCACCUAAUUUGAGAAUCUGAUGAAAAACAUUGUGCAACACUGGAUUUAAUAUCACACUGCAGACCUCAGAACAGAGCUUAUCAUUUUCUUGAGGGUGGAAUUUUACCAGCUGGAAGUUAUUAAGAUGAUAAAA